AGCCUACUUAUAACUGCCGGUCGCCCGCCCGCCGCCGACACUCCAUCACGCACCGUCACAGCGCGCACCGUACGCCUUUCGUUACAACUUUUAAAAUCGUAAUUUGAACUAUCCGCACAAGUUAAGAUGAACCGAAUACUGAUUGCGUUAUUGGUUACCUGCGCGCUUACAGCUGCUAUGGUCCCCAGGCACAGGCGAGAUAUACAUAAGGACAAAGUAAAUGAAGGAACCGAACCUGAAGAAUUCUGUGCGCCAACGACGCCCUGCGCCUGGGGGAUUUACAACCCUACUACGAAGCACAUUGAACUAAACGUGACGAAUACAUAUUGCGUUUGUCAACAAGGAGAAUUAUGCUUAGUAGCUGAAAAUGACAAAACUGCAAACGCUUUCAUCUAUCAAUGCCAGCACCGAAAACAUUAACACACCUAUAAGCUAGCGACCGCUAGAGUACAAGCAUUCGUCAGUUUACGUCGCUUGUUCACACCCGAUAUUUAUCAUUGACAAUUUAAAAUAAGACAAUAACUUAUUAUUUCUUUACACGACUGAAAAAACUUAAUAACAUAGUACUAGGGAAGCUUGUUUGCUACAUACAAUAUUUUACUCAUGACUCAAAAUCAUGGUUGAAUAAUUGACAAAUUCUUAUUAUUAUUUUUUUUAUUAGUAACUUUUAUUCUUCGGAUUUACGUUUGAAAUAUUUCAUGUGCUAGACCAUGAUAGUAUCGUCUUAAAGUAUUGUGCAUAUGUCUACAAUUCACCUAUUAUUCCUCUUAAUCCGCCUUGUUAUGUUAAAACAAAUUCUUGCACCAUAUACCAAGAUAUUUUAUAAUUGUCUAAUAUCGGGAACGUAAUAAACAGCAGUACUUAUUAGAUUAAUUAAUAUGUGACAUUUAUUAAUACUUCUAUUGUAUUCUUCAUUUUAAUUUUUAAACGAAAUGAAUAAGCACGUCAUGUUAAAGUUCCUAUUUCAUUGCGUGAUCUUAAUAAUAUAAUCUGUAAUAUAAUAUAAUUAGGUAACAAGUAAUAUAAUAUAGAUAGAGUUAGUAUUGUUACUUCUGUGACAUAAUAAACGUGUAAUAAAUAUUAACAGCCAAUUGUCUAAUCGAUGAUCAUUGGUUUUAUUAUCUGAUUUAUAUUUAAUAAAUGCUUUAAAAACGUU